GAGGCCGCGGCGCCCGCCAUGCCGCUCCUCAUCGACGGGCAGCGCGUCGACCUGGCGCGGCCCACGGCAGACAUGGUCCGCGCCCACCCGCACCUCGAGGAAAAGGCAAAACUUCUUAGAAGUCAGCCUGCUAAAACUGUGGAACCCCGAGGUCUCCUCUAUAUUCAGCAAAGAGAAUUUGCCGUGACUACCCCUAAAGAUGGUUCUGUUUCCAUUCUUGGCUCGGACGAUGCGACUACCUGCCAUCUGGUUGUGCUCCGACACACAGGUAGCGGAGCUACCUGCCUGACACACUGCGAUGGAUCGGACACCGAAGCUGAGGUAUCGCUCAUCAUGAGCUCAGUAAAGUCUCUCUCUAACACGGCAGAAUGUGGAAGGCUGGAAGUGCACCUAGUUGGAGGUUUCAAUGAUGAUAGGCAGUUAUCACAAAAACUUACUAAUCAGCUUCUUAGAGCGUUUGAUCUCCAACCAGAUGAUGUUCAUUUAGUGACAUUCUGCGUAACAGAACUAAAUGACAGAGAGGAGAAGGAUAUUCACUUUCCAAUCAUUUAUGGAAUAGCUGUAAAUGUUAAAACAGCAGAGAUUUUUCCUGCAACCUUCCCCGAGAAAGGGCCUGAUGAGAAUUUGCGGUCAGCCCACAUCUUAACAGGAGCCCCACUGACUAACAUUUAUGAUGCAAAGAUGGAACAACUACGUAUAGGACCUUAUUUCUGGAGGCCUUUUCCACAUGUGGACUUCUGGUUGGAACAAGAUGAUAAAGAGAUCCUACAGAACCUUUCCACAUCACCACUGGCUGAGCCACCCCACUUUGUUUCCCACAUUAGAUCUACGUUAACAUUUUUAAAAGAACACCCCUUUCCCUCUCAUUCCCURUUUCCUAAUAGGAAACCUCGCAUCUACAAAAAGAAUGAAGAAGGUUUGUGGGAACAGGUUUGUUCUGACAAGAUCUAACCUGGAGAUCAACACCAGCCAUUUUAUGGAGUGUAACCUUGCCAGAAGAAGAUCAAUUUCUU